ACAAAUGUAUCAAUAGAGACUCAUAUUUUCUUAAUUUUGAUGUUUGCUUUUUAGAAGAAAUUGGUAGUCGGAAAUGUAAAGGAUUUAGAUAAAUGUAAACAAACGAUCAAAGAAGUUGUAGACUCUCAAUAGGUUUUUGAUAUCCCAGUAAACUGUUAAGAUUAAUUCGCAAUACUAAUAUGAAAUAAAAAUGGUCAUAAACACAACAAGGUUGUAAAAAAUAACUGAAAUGCUCGAUAAAAAGAAUUUUUCACAUUUAUUUGGCUUUUUAAGUCUAGAAAGAGUUACGUUAGUUAGGUGAUGAUGAUGAUUUCAUUAGAAGGGAAUGUUGGAACAUCUCCCAUAGAAGUGUUUCUGGUGACCUUCUUUGUUCCUGCUUCUUCAUUGUUGAUGCUCAUAAUUUCAAGUAUUUUUUAUUCAGAUAAGAUCUUUGUAUAUCUUGAAGUUGUAAUUCUUAAUGUGGUUCUGUUACUUAUUCUUACUUCAUUCAGUGAUCAUCUUCUAUUACUGUUUAUUAUUUACAUCAUAUUGCUUGCUUUUGCAUUUUGGUUUGCCUUCCACAAGUUUACAUUCAGAGAAAUAAAUCUGAAGAUAAAAGAUUGGGCAAAAGAAAAAGAUGUCAACAGAUCUUAUAUUGGAGACUAUCGAGGUCAUUUACUGUUGGCCACUUCAAUCUGUAUUUUGGCUGUCGAUUUCCGAAUUUUCCCUUCAAAGUUUGCAAAGACUGAAAUGUUUGGGUGGUCAGUCAUGGAUGCUGGUGUUGGAUCUUUUGUUUUGCUUCACGGUCUCUGUUCAGCUCAUGGAAAGCAGCUCAAGGAAAAUAGUAUGAAAAAGUGUUUUAAGACAUCUUUCCCUCUCCUCAUUUUGGGUUUCUUGAGACUUGCAUUAACAACGUCUGUUGGCUAUCAUAAAGUUGUCCAAGAAUAUGGAAUUCAUUGGAAUUUCUUUUUCACCCUCGCUUUUACAAAGGUAAUGUGUUCAAGCAUUCUAGCGAUAUUUAAAGUCAAUGCUGGGCUGUUAGCUGUUAUCAUUGUGAUCAUUCAUCAGUUUCUUCUCACAAAACUGGGAUUGUCUGAUUUUGUCUCAUCACCUGAACGACGGAAUUUGUUAGAAGCCAACAAAGAAGGCAUUUGUUCACUACUCGGCUUUGUCUCACUUUACUUUUUUGGUGUUCAACUGGGUCAUGUGGCUUGGGGAAAAAAAGACUAUUGUUAUCUACUUGUGAAGCUGUGUUGCCUUGGUUUGUGUGGAUGGAUUUUGAUGCUUAUUUUUCAUGAGAAUUGCCAACAUGUCUCCCGAAGAAUGGCUAACUUAUCUUAUUGCAUAUGGAUUGUUUCACUGACAAGCUUACAGAUUUCACUUCAUUUGUGUCAUUUUUUAAUUGUUGAUAUCAUCAAGAAGUUACUCAAAGUUAAAUUACAUGAAAAUUUAUUGUGGAAUGUUCUCAACUAUAAUGGCCUUUUUUAUUUUCUGCUUGCUAAUUUGAUGACAGGUUUAGUUAAUAUAACAAUUAAUACUGCUGAUACAUCCAAUUCAAAAUCAUUGUGUAUUUUAUUUAUGUAUCUUACUAUCUUAUUUGGAAGUUCUUUUAUAUUGUUCAAAUUAAAUAUUAAGUUUCUUCGUUUUUAGUAUUUAAAAAAGCUUCAUUAAAUCUUUUGUUAUUUCUUUUUUUU